AUGCUCACCGUUCUCGUGCGACAUGGGUUGGAUGCCCCAUUCGGCACGGAGACCAACCCCGUAGAAGUGACCAGCGAGUUCUCAGAGCGCAUUGUCGGAGUGGCAGACCCAGAUGAUGACUCCCUGGUCUGGUGGGGCACCGUGGAGGAAGGCCAGCCGCCCAAGCAGAUCAUCGAGGGCGGCGAAUUCUUCGUCCUCAAGCGCCUGCCUUCCUCUGGUGGCCAUCACUGA